CCGCGUGUGUUGUCCAUGAGCAUCAUAGGAGCCGAGGACGAGGACUUUGAGAACGACCUGGUGACGACGGUGGAUGACCAGUGUAGUCACUUCAACAGCAUAGAGUUGGUAAAGACCCGACCGACUCACCUCCUGGUCUUCCUGCAACAUGUUAUCCUGCAGUUUGACUGUGCCCCUCUGUUGUGUUUCCUUCAUGCGGAACUCUUCAAGAACACCAACACCAAAGAGACCAGGAAGCAGUUUGUGGAGUUCUACAACACCUUCCUCGACAAGGGUGCGAUCCUCCGAGUAUGUGUCCCACAGUCGGUGUCUUCUGAGUUGGAUCGGACUCGUCCUGACCUAUUGCCUGAGGAUCAGCAGAGACGGUUUGCCCAGGAGAUCCAGUCCGUGCAGGUCACCGAGGUGCUGCGUCAGCUUGAAGACUUCAGGCAGAAGCGGAUGAUGGGAAUGACCCCCAACGAGCAGGAGCUGGUGGAGGUGGAGUCCCACUACCCGACCGACCGCGUUCCCAUGGAGAUGAAGGAGAAGGCCGUGGCCGAGAACCUGCUGGACAGGAUGUCCGAGCUCCAACCCACCAUAGUCUCGGACGAGGAGAAAUGCCAUGCGGUCGAUCUGCUCUGCAGAUUUAGUUCAAGUUUAGCAAGUUAUAAAACAAGUCGAUUUGUAGACGAGUGGAAGUUCUAUCACUCGCUGGCCAUCUUCGGAGCGGUGGCUUUCUACAUGAAGCACCUGGGAGUGAAGACCAGGGCAGCGGACAGCAAGAAGUCCAGGGGGUUCUUCAGGAGACCCCUGGUGGGAAAGACGCAAGACAAGGUGGGUCACUGCUCCAUGAGACAGCCUGGGACAGAUGUCAGGAAAGUGUUGCGCAGUGAGAGCGCGCGGGUGGACCGCCAUUCCUCCCGUCGCCGUGUCUCCUCCCGGGCCAAACAACCGCGUUCCCGUAGCGACGUGGACCUGCAAGCCGCCGCCACGGCGAUGCAUCCCGCCCCACCCUCCCCCAAGCACCACUUCUUUUUUGACGUUCCGUCCCCCGACAGCGCUCUGCCUGGCCCCUCCCCCCUAAGCCCCGCCCCACAGCAGGAGGAAGUGGAGCCACGUCUGCUGGAGCUCGAGCAGGACCCAACCAAUUGGAGGGAGCUGGCCCCCGCCGACACCCUCGCACGACUCAGCAAGAAGGAGACCAAGAGACAGGAAGUCAUCAAUGAGCUUUACGUGACGGAGCACGCCCACGUGCGCAUGCUGAGCGUGCUCCAGAUGGUGUUCUCCAGGCCUCUGGAGAGGGAGAGCAUCAUGACAUCCACAGACCUGGCCACCAUCUUCCCCAACCUGGACGAGAUCAUAGAGAUGCACUAUGCCUUUUAUGAGAACCUGAAGAAGGUUCGUCAGGAGGAUAACUGCAUCGUCAGUUCCAUCAGGACCACAUUACACAACAGAUUCGGAGGCACGGAGGGUGAGUGGUUCCAGAAGCUGACAGCACGUUUCUGCAGUCACCAGACCUGGGCCCUGGAGCAGAUCAAGAUGAGGCAGAAGAAGGACCCCCGCUUCAAUGCCUUCAUACUGGAGGCAGAGAGCAAGCCUCAGUGCCGAAGACUCCAGCUGAAGGACAUCAUCCCCAUAGAGAUGCAGAGACUGACCAAGUACCCCCUACUGCUGGAGAAUAUCGCCAAGAGCACAGAGGACUCCAAGGAGAAAGAGAGCAUCCAGCAGAGUGCUGAGUGCUGCAGGAAGAUCCUCAACCACGUCAACGACGAGGUCAAGCAGAUGGAGAACCUGCUGACUCUGAAAGACUACCAGCGCAGACUGGACACCUCAGGCCUGAAGCCGAGUAAUGAACUCUACACAGAGUACAGGAACAUUGACCUGACGCAGAAAAAAAUGAUCUACGAGGGCCCUCUGAUCUGGAGAGUGACAAAGGAGAAAGCUCUAGACGUGCAGUGUGUGCUGCUGGGGGACCUGCUGGUGCUGCUGCAGAGGCAGGAUGACAAGAUGGUGCUCAAGUGCCAGAGCAAGAGCAACAUUGCCGUGCAGGAGGGCAAGCAGAUGCUCAGCCCCAUCAUCAAGCUGGACUCGGCCUUCCUCAGGGAGGUGGCCACAGAUCGUAAGGCCUUCUACGUGAUCUUCACCUGGGACAGUGGGGCUCAGAUCUAUGAGCUGGUGGCCCAGUCUCUGGGAGAAAGGAAGAAUUGGACCGAUGUGAUCAAGUCUGCGGUGGAUGAGCUGAAGCAAAGCGGGCCUCCUGUGAUAGAUCGCAAGAGGCAGGGCAGCCUGGCUAUCGGAGGAGUGGCGUCUCCGUUCAGCCCCACCACAUUGCACGCCCCUCUCAGCCCCACAGAGAACGGAGGGGACUCGCUGAAACCCAUCACUGACCGAGAUAAGGACAGCUUGACAGAUGAGAAGACAGCCGACUCUCCCCCUUCGCUGAUCGACUACCUUUCAGACAAAGGCUUCGAUCUGAUUGGUCACACCAACAGUGUUCAGGAGAAGGUGGCCAAUGGCGCACUGGACGAAGUCAUGUCCCUGAAGAGGCUAUUGGUUGGGAGCAUCAGUCUAUCAGAGGAUUCUCAUCUUGAUGAGGAAAAUGGAGGGGAGGCGUCAGAAAGGAAGGACCAGGAGUCCGAAGGCUGUCAAUCAACAGAGAAAGGCUCUCACACGGAGGGGGGUGGGAAGGGGGAAGAGGCGGGGCCAGGAGGAGAGGAGGCAGAGAUGAAGGGAGAGCCGGAGGAGGAGGGAGGGAUCAGCGCUCCUCUCGUCCUGUCCCAGGAGAGGAGGGAGGAGGUGCGGAGGAGAUUCCACAGUCUGGAGGAGCACCUGAAGAAACUGCAGGGUAUUGAGGAGGCUCACCACCAGUUGCUAGAGGCCCUGUCCAAGUUCACCUUCAAGAAGGGCAACUUCCAUUGAGAUGUGAUGCCCCCUGCUGGUGGAAAGCACAAGUGCGGAUUCGGGUCGCUAGAGCUGUACUUGGAGGAUUGAUUCGUACUGCCUGGAAUAUUCUGGUUACUCCACACUCUGUGCUCGUGUUCCAUGCCUGAGCCCUCAAUGAAGACUGACAAUAAGUCACAGCCAAUCAAGAUGCAGACAAACAGAGGGGACGAAUAAUUGUAACAAGGUGUGUGUGUGUGUGUGUGUUUUUGCUUUUUUGUGUGGGUUAUGCAAAGAGCUGCCAAAGAUUGAAGCAAUAUUUUUGCUUUGAGUAGAGGCAGCCUAGGAAUAUUGAUUGUUACCUGCCUUAACACACACACAGACACGCACACACACACCCCCAAGACACUUGCUCUGGACAUGCCAGAUAUGUACAUAAACAGUGUCAUUGCCAACCAAAUUAGAUAGACCUAUGAACCAUAAUAUGCAUGCAGUUACUGCUCUUUUUCCUGUAGAGGGCAGUGUUAAGCCUUAGUAGAAUCUACCCUAGCAGAAGGCAGAACGACAAUAGAUUAUGUACUCAAUGCCAAAGUAUAGCAAAAAUGCACUUUUACCCUUAUCAAAUUAGAGCAACAUCCCUGUAUUCCAACCCUUGAGUUAUCAUUUUGCUAAUAUUUAUUGUGAUUGUAAUUAUCUACUGUAAAGUAUUUGAAUAAUCAAAUGAUUCUGUGUCAA